AUGUAUUGUCGAUUUUGUACUGUCACCCUCGACAGUGAGAUUGUCGCCGUCGACAGAUUGUCACCCUCGACAAUUGUCACCCUCGACAGUGAGAUUGUCGCCGUCGACAGAUUGUCACCCUCGACAAUUGUCACCCUCGACAGUGAAAUUGUCACCGUCGACAAUAAGAUUGUCACAGUCGACAAUAAACUUGUCACCGUCGACAAUAAGAUUGUCACCGUCGACAAUAAGCUUGUCACAGUCGACAGUGUACACAUUUAUUGCAGCACUAAUAUACAUGUACGUGUUGUAGCUCUAAGAUAUAUCGUCCGUAUUGCAGCACUAACAUAUCGUCCGUAUUUGCAGCACUUUAUGGAGCGCGAGCGAGGCAAGGUGGUGGUGUACGUGACGACGCUAGGCAUCGUCCGUGACACGUACGAGCGGUGUCUGCGCCUGCGCAAGAUCCUCUGGACGCUACUGGUGCGGUUCGAGGAACGCGACGUGUUCAUGGCCCGCGACACGCAGCUCCAGCUCCUGGACCGGCUCAGAGUCGGCAGCGUCACCGUGCCUCAUCUCUUCAUAGAGGGCCAAUACCUGGGCGAUGCCGAGCAGAUCGAGAGGAUGAACGAAUGCGGAGAACUACGGCGACUCCUUCAACCAUACAGGAGGGCGACGAGCUGCACGCCCUGCGACACUUGCGGGGGGUUCAGACUCCUGCCCUGCUCCGUCUGCAACGGGUCCAAGAAGUCCGUCCAUCGCAACGACUUCACCCUCGAGUUCGUGGCCCUCAAGUGCUCCAGCUGCGACGAGUCCGGCCUCGUCAAGUGCAUGGAUUGUGCUGAAUACAAGGACGAUUUCGAGGAGGAGCAAGUGUAGUGGGAUUCGACGGUAUCGCUUCCAGGACGAGACUGGGAGUCGACGGUAUCGCUUCCAGGACGAGAUUGUUGUCGACGCUAUCGCUUCCAGGACGAGACUGGAGUCGACGGUAUCGCUUCCAGGACGAGAUUGGAGUCGACGGUAUCGCUUCCAGGACGCUAUCGCUUCCAGGACGAGAUUGUUGUCGACGGUAUCACUUCCAGGACGAGACUGGAGUCGACGGUAUCGCUUCCAGGACGCUAUCGCUUCCAGGACGAGAUUGUUGUCGACGGUAUCACUUCCAGGACGAGACUGGAGUCGACGGUAUCGCUUCCAGGACGAGACUGGAGUCGACAGGUAUCGCUUCAACGAAGAGACUGUUGUUAACGCCAUCACAUCCACAAAGAGAUUGAAAUCAACGCCGUGCAUCUGUCAAGCACGUGUCAUAAUCAAGUGAUAGACUCGAUUUCGACGCUAGAAGAACGAGCUGACGCCCUCUAGGGUGAGAUCGACCGUGUCACUCCUACAGCUGGAAGGGAAGACGGUUGGGCUACGACACGGUGGAAGACAUCGGCUGGCCAUAGUUAACGUGCCCACAGUUUGCUUUUGUAGUCUUGUAGAGCGUGGGGCAAGUAGAGCUACUAAUGUUAUAGACACAGCCAGACGAGGACUUAAUAGUACAGAAACCAGUUGUGUUGUAUGUGUUUGAUAAUCGCCCUUCACAGAGCUUAAGGAUCACUCAUUCACUCAUAAUGGAAGCUUGAACGAGCUCACGGGAGACAUCUCCCGUCACGCAGGGAGCAGUCGCACCUCCACAGAUCUCCAGUAUCAUCUAUUGAUACUGGUAAUGGCUCAGAAAGGCCUCCACUUACGGGCUAUUCAUGUCCGUGCCACCUUUUGGGUGGCUUAAUCUUCGUCAAUCAUCAGUCUUGAACAAGCUUUGGGACUUGAAACACACUAACACACACACACAAGAUGCAAGGCAACGAUACUUGUGCCUCAAGUUCUUGGCGAUGUGAUGCUGUUGAUGCUGUUCUGACCUUCCCUCUUGCCGAUUGAUGCUGACUGCUGAGAAUGAUGUUAUGGUGAUGCUGAUAUUGAUGAGAAAAUGUUGCUUGGAGUUAUAUAGUGACGAUGCUCAUAUGGCGGUCCACAAGCAUAAUAUCCAGGUAUAUAUUUGAGCUGAGUAUAUCCCACCCAAAGCAUAUCAAGGACAUGAAAAUAUAAUCAGAGGAGCCAAGUGAAAAAACUAAGAAAUCUAUGAUGAUUCCAAACAGAUUUACGGAUAGUACUGUACUCAAAAAAAAUAUUGACAGUACUCAGCAUAUCGACCGAGGAAAAGGUUACCACCUUUGUCCAUAAAGGAUUGUCUACGUUGAUGAAAUAAAAAGAGUUAGCAUAGAGUGUUGGAAA